GGGGUGUGGUGGUUGUGUAGUCAGUUGCUCGGAGGUGUGUGAAGGUUUAAAGAGGCGGCGCAAACAAACUCUAUGGAAACCAGUAAACGAAAACCAUUCAGAGGUAGAUAUCUCCUCACUGCUCCUCACUGCUCCUGAGUGCUCCUCACUGCUCCUGAGUGCUCCUCACUGCUCCUGAGUGCUUCCUCGGCUUCUGCAGGCUGCUGCUGACGGUGAAUUUCCAGCACAAUUUGUCCUUUGGCGUUUCUGGGUGGGUUCCAACAUCUCAGUGGAGGUAACUGUCUGAACGAAGGACUACAAGCCAGCAAGUAGAUUGGAAAGGAGCAAGAUGUUUCUCAGCAGCUGAGUCACUCUCCUGAACGUCAGCAGACGAUAUACUGAGUGACGGAGCCAUAAAUUUAGAGUGUUUUAUAUGUGACACUGGAAUGCCUUUCGCUCUUAGAGAGACACUUGGUAGUAAGAUGCAGACCAAGCGGAGCUCCUGGACACCACUAAACCACCACCUGUCCAACAGCCACGUCUUUGAAGAGAGGAAAAAUCUCGUUGGCAAGUGGUUUGAUAAGUGGUCCGAUAACCAGAGGAAGCAGGUGUUACAGGACUUCUUUUCCCGUUGCUCCGUGGCCCAGAUGAAGUACCUCAGACAGACUCUGUGCGCUCAGGUGCCUGAGGAAGCGCUGGACUUUACUACUGUUCUGCCCAGGGUCAUAUCUCUCUAUAUCUUCUCAUUCCUCGACCCAAGAAGCCUCUGUAGAUGUUCACAGGUUAGCUGGCAUUGGAAGAGCCUGGCGGAGCUGGACCAACUCUGGAUGCCAAAAUGCCUGAGACUGGGUUGGUGUAUCACAUUCACUCCUACACCAUUUGAGCAAGGAGUGUGGAAGAGGCACUACGUAGAGACAGUGCAGGGGCUCCAUGUAAGCCGACCCAAGUCUCUCGACAAGGAGGAAUUCAUCGUUCCUGAGGUGAAAGUGAUCGGCAGUGAAUUUGACGAGCCGACUCUGGAGAACGGAGAAUCGAGGCCCAGCGUCCUGAGUCAGCAGGGGCGGAGUUUACCUGGUCAUGCCUCAGUGGCUUCAGCGAAAGGACUUCCACCGUGGAGAGACUCAGACAGACACCCCACUGACACGAUACGCUUUAACUACCUAGACAACCUCGACCCAAUCGAGCAUGCAAGACAAGCAAGAAGCAGAAGGACUAAUCCCAACACAACACAAGAGAGCACACAGAAGAAAGCCCUGUCUGCUUCAUCAUACAAACGGUGCAAGGUCAAGUCUAUGAUAUUCUCAUCGCUGGACCUUGGUGCAGACAGUAAGAGAAAGCAGAGCAGGCCGCAGUGGGCAACGCAGAACAUCGUGCCAUUCUCCAGUAAAGACCCGGAGAAGAGGAUCAGGUCAAUCCAGUGGAAUGCUGGGAUACGGCCGGGUCCGGUAAGGAAUCCGGUACCCAGACUGACCGAGAAGAGUCUCCGAGCUUCACUAAGAUCCCACAGAAGCACACCAACAGUGCUACUGGCUGAAGGACAGACUGACUUUGAGGACGCCAGCCUGAGAUGAAGACUGGCACUUUCUCGUCAUCUGGUGGACAACAUGAGCGCUGCAUGAGAAUACUGCUUUACUUCAGCAAUGUAAAAUUUGUAGUUUUAUGUCAUAUACACAUAUUCAACUUUAAGAAUUUAGUCAGAUGUAAUCAACAAUAUAUAUAUAUAUAUAUAUAUAUAUAUAUAUAUAUAUAUAUAUAUAUAUAUAUAUGCUAUAGUAAUACAUAUAUAUAUACACACACACACACAAGAAAAUGGUGGUACACAGUGUGAGUGAGUGAGUGUGUGUGUGUGUGUGUGAGAAUGUUUUCUAGCCCAUAAAUAAAUAAUGUUUGGGAAAUUAUUUUACCUGAUAAUUAAAACCCAUUUAAACAUCUCUUUACCUGGCUAGUUGUAAUGUUGGUGCUGUAAAGUGCAAGUGUACUCUUCUUUCUUUCUUUUAAAUGGUGGUAGGUUAAUAAUAAUGUGAUUGUGUCUCCAAAAGACUGUGAUUUUUUUUUAACAAUGCAAAAUGUUUUUAAUAGUUGUUUUUUAUUUAUUUAUUUUGUAAGUGAAUUUGAAUUGACAUAACCUCUAAUGGCCACUAGGCUUCACUACAGACCCAUAAACCUCAGCAUGUGUUUCUCCACAAAAGCUGGGAAAUCAGGGGCUUAAACUCAGCUGUUACUGUAACACAAUAUGUAGUGAGCUGCAGAUUCAGAGCCCAGAUGCAAAGUAGUCAGCAAAACCUGUAUCCUGUUAUAUUUUCCAAAAUCAGGUAACAGUCAUAUAACACCGAUAAUAAUGUAACCAGUUUCAGACAUUUUUCAUUGUUGUGGGUUUUAAUAAUGUUACUAAAUAUAACAGUAGCAUUGUUAAAUAAAUUAAUAUAAUGUAUUUUUUCCUUAUAAAAAAUAGCAGAUUUACUAAUA